AAGAACAACCCACCGCACACCAAAAACAAAGGCAACGUUAUCGAAUCCAUUUUCUUGGACAAAAGUUGAAGUUGAUCUUUGAGCUUACAUGUUGAAGGUUAUUAAGUUUUGAUUGUGGUGAUAUGCCAUUGUGGGAUCCAGGUUUGCUAAUCAGUUAAUAUUUGAAGGUGAAUAUAUUAACAUGAACGAGAUUCGUACAUGGACAGUCCAAGACUGGACUAACAACUUCUACAUGACAUGAACAUAAUGAACCAUGUCAAAUGUUUAUCGCGUUUUCAGUUCAUUUUAAUAAGCGAAAAGCAAUGAACAUAUCGAGGAAACAUUACAUAUAAAAAAACUGGAAUGAAGAAAAACACUCCACGAUAAAGGUUAUCUAUCUAUGAUAGAACUGACUACAGAAAAGUCGAUUUUAUUGGAAGAACUCAAGUGAUGUUUACUGCGUAUCGACGAAAAGGGACGUGGAAUAUCAAGAGUAUUUUUCCCGCCUUACUCGUAUUGCUUUGUUUUGAGGAGAUUUACUCGUCUUUGUCCAACGCGUCUAGUAUAGAUGAAGCGUGCUUUAACGGUACUCAGAUCACAUUAACAUGGACAAACAGUUCACCUUAUGUAUUCGAAAAAAAUGGACGAGCACAAGGAAUACUAGUGGAUAUCUUAGAAAAAGGAAUUUCUAUUUGUUGUAAAGUUGGUACUCAGAUAAACUACCAAUAUACAAAUAUGAAUGAUAGCAAUUUUAAAAAUCAAUCUAUAGACCAUCCACAUAUACCAAUAAGUAUACUGUCAUAUAAGAAAAGGACGUCUUUUGGUCAACCCAUCGUAGGAUUAGUCGAUAGUCCAGGGAUUGCUGUUAUUACUCAAGCUACAGUACCUGGUGCGGAUCUGCUCAUGGCAAUCCUCGAUUCAUGGCCUAUUCUCAUAUUUAUUAUUACAACCAUUAGUUUGAGUGGAGUCAUGAUUUGGCUUUUGGACUAUAAGAAAAACUCGGCACAUUUUCCUGCUUUCUUCCCGAUGGGUGUGUUCGAGGGAUGUUGGUGGGCAGCUGUGACCAUGACAACUGUAGGAUACGGAGACAGGGUUCCCAAGAGUGUUGGCGGUCGUUUAUUUGCAGUUGUAUGGAUCAACGCAGGAUURGUGAUUCUCGCUAUGUUUAUGGGUAUUGUUACAGCAUCACUGACCUCGAGUAGUUGGACAGAUAUCAAUCAUUUCUGGGGAAUUGAGGUUGCUGUUAUUAAUAGAUCAGCUGAAUAUCAGUUUGCAAUUCUUCAAAGUGCUAACGUUAAAGCUCAAGAUUUUUAUGAAGACAUGUAUUCUAGUGUAGCGUCUGGGAUAUCUAAAGUAGCCUUGGUUGAUGAAUACACAGCAACAUGUCAUAGCGACUUUUUUUACCGGCACAAGUUAACUAUUGCUACAAUAAUAGAUGUUCCUGUCGUAAAUGGCAUCUUGUUUCCAUCUCAAGGAACACAGACUAUAAACCAGUGUCUGUAUAGUUAUGURCAGUCUUACAAGGUUUCAAGUUACUCGUAUAUCACAAAACAUCUCACACAGCACCCGGUGUCUGAUAUCAGUGACGGUACAGAAUACUUCCGCGAGUCAAUGUUUGGGUACUCUGUGUACGCUAUGACUGGRUUGUUUCUACUMAUAUUGGGAACAGGYAUCCUGUGGCAACACUAUUGGCAGCCGCGACAUGGCGAAUGGAAUCAAAAUACAGCUAUGAAAGAACUAGAGAUGACGUCAGUCAGUCAAAUCAAAGGAUAUCCUAGAGUGAACYAUGUAGCGCAUGUACAAACUACAAGAUUAGGUGAGCCCAGACCACAUUGCUCGCGGACUCAACAAUGUAUGGSCAUAAGACAGCUGUUAGACGAAUAUCGAGAAUACGAGAAAUCAUGGACUAAAAGAUUUAUAUAUUUGCAAGAGAAACAUAGAAGAGAGCAAGUUGAAGUCUUUAAUCUGGAUAAUGAUGGUUAUAAUAUGUGAGAUGUAUGGUGCAUCAAGGACCAAGGAGUAAAAUAAAAAGUGCYGGGGUAGGGCUGUUUCUAGGAUUUGGAAU